UUAUCAGUUUAUAUUCUAGUGAUUUCUGAUGUAAUGUUCGAGAUAGAUUUACCCGAAAUAAAGUUCUGUGCCUCCUAGUUACUUCCGUGAAAAAUGAAUCGACUUAUUGGUGCUCUAAGUCGAAAAGCAGAAUGCGUUAAGUAUAUUUCCGGUACAUUUAAAGAAAGUUUAUUUUCGAAAAAUACCGGAAUUGCGGUAAGAAACGUAUCGAGUUUGUGUCUAGGACGUAACCCGUCAAUGCACCAAGCAUGCAUCUUGCGAAGAACCGUUUCAUAUUCGGUAAACAUUGUUAGCUCUAGAACCUUCUCCAGUAAACGUGAUCAGGAUGAUGAUGAACAAGAUGCAGACUCAGAGCCGGUUUCUUUUCCCAGUCAACUUCCUGCGACAGUUGCUAUACCGGAGGUUUGGCCUCAUUUACCGGUGAUAGCCGCCAAACGCAAUCCAGUAUUUCCACGAUUUAUGAAAAUUUUAGAGAUUACUAACCCCAUGUUAAUUGAUCUGAUUAGAAGAAAAGUAAAAUUGAACCAGCCGUAUGCCGGAAUCUUCUUGAAAAAGGAUGAUGAUAAUCCAAGCGAGGUAGUCAAUAAUCUUUCAGAUAUUUAUAAUGUGGGGACAUUCGCACAGAUACAGGAAAUGCAGGAUCUCGGAGACAAGUUACGUCUUGUAGUAAUCGCACAUCGACGCAUCAAAGUAGUUGGGCAACUGUAUGAAGAUCUUGACGCAACUCAGGAUGACAAACAAAUGACAAUAAAAUAUCCGUUAUCUAAAACGCAAAUGCAUGUCACAGUGGAUGAGAGCGAUGCAGAAAAACGACGACGUAAACACAAAAAUCGAAACAAAGUUGUGAGAAAUACUAACAAUGACAGUACAGUGGAUGGACAACCAAUCGCAGAGCUACCGAAAGGUCGCUUGCUGAAAGAAGGUGAGCAACAGCCUGUUUUGAUGGUGGAAGUCGAGAAUAUUAAACAUGAAGCUUUUAAGCAUACCGAGGAAGUAAAAGCUCUUACCCAAGAAGUAAUUAAAACAAUUCGGGAUAUAAUAACGAUGAACCCUCUUUAUAGAGAGAGCUUGCAGCAAAUGUUGCAACAAAACCAGCGUGUUGUUGAUAACCCAAUAUAUUUGUGUGAUCUCGGCGCUUCUUUAUCUGCUGCGGAUCCACCUGAGCUUCAGGAAAUUUUGGAAGAAAUGGAUAUCCCGAAGCGGCUUAUGUUGUCACUGUCCUUAUUGAAAAAGGAACUCGAAUUGUCAAAGCUACAAGCAAAAAUCGGACGCGAAGUAGAGGAAAAGGUGAAACAGCAACACCGCAAAUAUAUUCUACAGGAACAACUUAAAGUAAUCAAAAAGGAGUUAGGCAUUGAAAAAGAGGAUAAAGACGCAAUUGGAGAAAAAUACCGCGAGCGGAUUAAAGAUAAAAUUGUUCCUAAAGCGGUAGCUGAUGUGAUCGAAGAAGAGUUGAACAAGCUAAAUUUCUUGGAAAGCCACAGCUCCGAAUUUAACGUUACUCGCAAUUAUCUCGAUUGGUUAACUACAUUGCCGUGGGGAGUUACGAGCGAAGAAAAUCUUGAUAUUGAUCGGGCAACUGAAAUUCUGGACGCAGAUCAUUACGGUAUGGAGGAUAUUAAGAAGCGAAUUCUUGAAUUUAUCGCUGUAAGCCAGUUGAAAGGAACAACUCAAGGAAAGAUAAUCUGUUUCCAUGGGCCACCUGGAGUAGGGAAAACUAGUAUUGCGCGUUCAAUUGCGAGCGCUCUAAAUCGGGAGUAUUUCCGGUUCAGUGUUGGUGGAAUGACUGAUGUGGCCGAAAUCAAAGGACAUCGAAGGACAUACGUAGGUGCAAUGCCAGGCAAGCUAAUUCAAUGUUUAAAGAAGACUAAAACCGAAAACCCAUUAGUUUUGAUUGACGAAGUCGACAAAAUUGGCAAGGGUUAUCAGGGUGAUCCCAGUUCUGCAUUGCUGGAGCUUUUGGAUCCCGAACAAAACGUAAAUUUCCUUGAUCAUUACCUUGAUGUACCAGUAGAUUUAUCGAAAGUUUUAUUCAUUUGCACUGCCAACGUGGUUGAUACAAUACCAGAACCGUUAAGAGAUCGCAUGGAAAUGAUCGACAUGUCCGGCUACGUCGCUGAGGAAAAACUGGCAAUUGCGAAACAAUACCUCAUACCACAGGCCAAAAAAGAUUGCGGCUUGGAGGAUAAACACAUCAAUAUUACCGAUGACGCAUUAAACAUGCUGAUUCGCAGUUACUGCCGAGAGUCAGGAGUACGUAAUCUUCAAAAACAAAUAGAGAAGAUUAUUCGAAAAGUUACGUAUAAAGUUGUUCGAAAAGAACUCGAAACAGCGGAGAUAACCGAUAAAAAUGUCGGUGAGUUAUUGGGAAAACCCAUUUUUACGCACGACCGUAUGUAUGAAACAACACCUCCUGGUGUCGUCAUGGGUCUUGCCUGGACCGCUAUGGGUGGCUCAGCGCUUUACAUUGAGACUGCAAAACGUAAAUUGAACGAAAUUUCAAAAAAAGAUGGUCUAGGGGAUGGAACACUGGAACUGACGGGGCAUUUAGGGGACGUAAUGAAAGAAUCAGCUCGAAUAGCUCUCACAGUGGCACGAAACUUCAUAAAGCAGGAGGAUAAAACUAAUGAUUUUCUUGAAACCAGUCACAUCCAUCUACACGUUCCAGAAGGAGCCACGCCAAAGGAUGGUCCCAGCGCCGGGGUAACAAUAGUAACCGCCUUACUCUCACUAGCGAAGGAAACUGCCAUUCGACAAAAUGUAGCGAUGACCGGUGAAAUUUCCUUGAUGGGAAAAGUACUUCCUGUUGGUGGAAUUAAGGAGAAAACUAUUGCCGCGAAACGUAGCGGUGUAAAUUGCAUAAUUCUUCCUGAGGAAAAUAAGAAAGAUUACACCGAUUUGCCUAAAUUUAUAACCGAUGGUCUGGAGGUACAUUUUGUCGAUCAUUACUCGGAUGUAUACUCCAUUGUGUUCGCGAAAGUAUAAUAAAGAUAGGUAAGGACUGCUGCAUCAGUGAAGUAAGCUAAUCUUUAAUUCAACUUAAUUAGUACCUUGAGCUAGAUAUCCUGUAGAUAUACAAAUAUAAGCAUUUUUGUUGAAUA